AAGAAGAAUUGGGAAGAUUCUCAGGAAAGACACCCACCAAGAAGAAGAAAGGAUGGAGGCAAAAAGCAGGAACGUGCCCUCAGACCUGAGCUUCCUGCCGCGUCCGGCGCUGGUGUGGUGCGAGCGCGGCAUUCAGGUGCUGCUGACCACCGUGGGCGCGUUCGCCGCCUUCGCCCUGAUGACGGUGGCCAUCGGCACCGACUACUGGCUGUACGCGCGCGCCUUCAUCUGCAACAGCACCGCCAACUCGUCUUCGGCGCAGGACGACAGCGGCGCCAAGGACAAGAAGGAUCCCGGCGCCCUCACGCACUCGGGACUGUGGAGGAUCUGCUGCCUGGAAGGUUUGAAGCGAGGUGUGUGCUCCCAGAUCAAUCAUUUCCCGGACGACGCCGACUACGACCAAGACUCCGCCGAGUAUCUGCUGCGUGUGGUGCGCGCAUCCAGCAUGUUCCCCAUCCUGAGCGCCGUGCUGCUUCUGCUGGGCGGCGUGUGCGUGGCCUCCAGCAGCUUCUACAAAAGCAAAAGGAACGUCAUCCUGGGGGGAGGAAUCCUCUUCGUGGCCGCAGGCCUGAGCAACAUCAUCGGCGUGAUCGUUUACAUCUCGGCGGCGCUCAGCGACAUCUCGCCCAAGAAGGACGAAGACAAGAAGUGGCACUACUCGUACGGGUGGUCCUUCUACUUCGGGGGCCUUUCCUUCAUCCUGGCCGAGAUGGUGGGCGUCCUGGCCGUCAACAUCUACAUCGAGAAGAACAAGGAGCUGCGCUGCCGCUCGCGCGCCGACCUCUUCAAGAGCACCACGCACGCCGUGAUGCGCCUGCCCAGCUACCGCUUCCGCAGGCGCUCGCGCUCCAGCUCGCGCUCUACCGACCCGCCGCGCUCGCAGGAGACGUCGCCCGUCGGGGCCAAAACCUUCAGCCUGCCGCCGUCCGCGCCCCCGUUCUCCGUAGCCACCCUACCCAACCCCCACCACGGCAGCAGCGGCGGCGGCGGCGACAUCUCCAUGUACACCCUGUCCAGGGACGCCAAGCUGGGCAGCCUGGGCGGUGGUGCGCCGCCCCUCUACGGCACCAUGGAUCGCGCCGCUCUCUACCAGCUGCACAACUACUUCCCCAAGGACGGCGGCAGCGGCGGCAGCGGAGGGGCCGCGCACGUCGGUAGCGGCACGCUCCCGUCGCACUCCAAAUCCAACUUGGCGGCCGCCGCCCAGACCUCCGCCCCGCUGAAUAGCGCCGGCACGGGCGCCGCCGCCGCCGUCCCCGCCGGCGCCGCGCAGGCGCCGAUGUCCACCGCCACCAUGGAGCGGGACAGGGGCAACGUGGGAACGCUGGACCGACUGACCGCCAAGAGAGACCGUGACAGCAACUCGGACACGCUCAACAGGAAAACCACGCCCGUUUGAAAGCUGAUUGGUGGGGCCGGGGGAAGGCGGGGUUACAGUCCAAACAUGAGCCAAUUACAGACUGAGGAGGGCUAUAAAUACAAGAUUAUCUGUCCCGACAUUUGGGAUACGCAGGAGCCAUAAGUACUUAAACAUACGUCGGAUGGACAAUAUCAUUCGCGCAAAUACACACGUGUGCACACAAUCGCCCAAACACUCAUACAUGCACGCAAAUGCACACAGACAUUGACACACACAUGAACACACACAAUUACACGCAAACAAAUGCACGCAAACACACAUGCACACACACACACACAAUGAAACGCACACAAACACAAAGUGACACAAACAUGCACAAACAUGUACACACACAAAAACACACUGAUACAUCGACACACAUUCACACAAAUGUUCUCAAAUAUUGACAAAUACGCGCACACGCCCACACACACAGAAAACCACACAAACAUGCACACCCCACACAUACGAUACACAUUCACACAAACACAAACAUGCACACUCACAAACACACGCGAAUGCAAACAUGCACACUCACAAACACACUAUCAUGCAAACACACAUGCAAACAACCACAAUCACACACUAAUGCAGAUGAAAUGCACACAAACACACCAGGACUUGCACACACACCGUGCGCAUAACAUCAGUGCCAGUGAGCUCACACAAGAACGCCGCCCGGCGUUCGGGCAUUGUUGUCGUUCCUCAAUGCUGUGAAACACGAGCCGCUCCUGCCUUGUGUUCGUUUUUUUUUCCUCUCAGGAACGCGACGACGACGACCGCUACGCGUCCUUCUGGAACACGACGACGUGACGAUGUCGAAGAUGAUGACAUCGUCGGCGGGUGAUCUCAAGUUGAUGACAUCACACUUGAAUGUGAAAAUGAUUUCAAGCCCAAGCUUCAGCAUUUGAGCCUCAAAACGAGACGAAAUCGACGCACGAAUUUUAACUUUGUCUUAACUCGUAAAUGUCAAGCACACCAUGACAAAUUCAUGUAGAAUAUUAUUAAUCACUAUAUUAAUCAUGUAUUUAUUCUUCAAUAUCUUCAAAGCUUUCAUCAACUUCAUCACUUAGUGUCUUGAUGGGUUG